UGUCCGAAGUUGUGACGGAACGUAUGCCGUGAUAAUGAGUUUUUUCUCUGGUGGGAGUUUUUACAGGGGUAUAAAAUAAAAUGAAUUUAGUGUAUUUGGAGAUUUUCCCGUUAUCUAAGGUUCCCAGCUUCCCUUUCAGUGUCAAGAAAACGGGCUUUUGAUAAGGCGCGCGCUGCGGGCAGCUUCUUCCUCAGCGGGUCUUCGGCGGCCGCGGGAAGACCCGAGAGUCAUUAGAAGCGCAAGAUGGCGACUGCGGCCGCAACCUCGGCUUCAGAACCCGAGGCUGAGUCCACGGCUGGGCCCAAGGCUGACGGAGAGGAGGAUGAGGUUAAGGCGGCCAGGACAAGAAGGAAGGUGUUAUCGCGGGCUGUGGCCGCUGCGACAUACAAGACCAUGGGGCCAGGGUGGGAUCAGCAGGAGGAAGGCGUGAGCGAGAGCGAUGGGGAUGAGUACGCCAUGGCUUCCUCCGCGGAGAGCUCCCCCGGGGAGUACGAGUGGGAAUAUGACGAAGAGGAGGAGAAGAACCAGCUGGAGAUUGAGAGACUGGAGGAGCAGUUGUCUAUCAACGUCUAUGACUAUAACUGCCACGUGGACUUGAUCAGGCUGCUCCGGCUGGAAGGGGAGCUUACCAAGGUGAGGAUGGCCCGCCAGAAGAUGAGUGAGAUCUUUCCCUUGACUGAAGAGCUCUGGCUGGAGUGGCUGCAUGACGAGAUCAGCAUGGCCCAGGACGGCCUGGACAGAGAGCAUGUGUAUGACCUCUUUGAGAAAGCUGUGAAGGAUUACAUUUGUCCUAACAUUUGGCUAGAGUAUGGCCAGUACUCAGUUGGUGGAAUUGGUCAGAAAGGUGGCCUUGAGAAAGUUCGCUCCGUGUUUGAAAGGGCUCUCUCGUCUGUUGGUUUGCAUAUGACCAAAGGACUCGCCCUUUGGGAGGCUUACCGAGAGUUUGAAAGUGCGAUCGUGGAAGCUGCUCGGCUUGAGAAAGUCCACAGUCUUUUCCGGCGACAGUUGGCGAUCCCACUCUAUGAUAUGGAGGCCACAUUUGCAGAGUAUGAAGAAUGGUCAGAAGACCCAGUACCAGAGUCGGUAAUUCAGAACUAUAACAAAGCACUACAGCAGCUGGAGAAAUAUAAACCCUAUGAAGAAGCACUGUUGCAGGCAGAGGCACCAAGGCUGUCAGAAUAUCAAGCAUAUAUCGAUUUUGAGAUGAAAAUUGGCGAUCCUGCUCGCAUUCAGUUGAUCUUUGAGCGCGCCCUGGUCGAGAACUGCCUUGUCCCAGACUUAUGGAUCCGUUACAGUCAGUACCUAGAUCGGCAACUGAAAGUAAAGGAUUUGGUUUUGUCUGUACAUAACCGCGCUGUUAGAAACUGCCCCUGGACAGUUGCCUUAUGGAGUCGGUACCUCUUGGCCAUGGAGAGACAUGGAGUUGAUCAUCAAGUAAUUUCUGUAACCUUCGAGAAAGCUUUGAAUGCUGGCUUCAUCCAGGCCACUGAUUAUGUGGAGAUUUGGCAGGCAUACCUUGAUUACCUGAGGAGAAGGGUUGAUUUCAAACAAGACUCCAGUAAAGAGCUGGAGGAGUUGAGGGCCGCCUUUACUCGUGCCUUGGAGUAUCUGAAGCAGGAGGUGGAAGAGCGUUUCAAUGAAAGUGGUGAUCCAAGCUGCGUGAUUAUGCAGAACUGGGCUAGGAUUGAGGCUCGACUGUGCAAUAACAUGCAGAAAGCUCGGGAACUCUGGGAUAGCAUCAUGACCAGAGGAAACGCCAAGUACGCCAACAUGUGGCUAGAGUAUUACAACCUGGAAAGAGCGCAUGGUGACACCCAGCACUGCCGGAAGGCCCUGCACCGGGCUGUCCAGUGCACCAGUGACUACCCAGAGCACGUCUGUGAAGUGUUACUCACCAUGGAGAGGACAGAAGGUUCUUUAGAAGAUUGGGAUAUAGCUGUUCAGAAAACUGAAACCCGAUUAGCUCGUGUCAAUGAGCAGAGAAUGAAGGCUGCAGAGAAGGAAGCAGCCCUUGUGCAGCAAGAAGAAGAAAAGGCUGAACAACGGAAAAGAGCCCGGGCCGAGAAGAAAGCGUUGAAAAAGAAGAAAAAGACCAGAGGCCCGGAGAAGCGCGGAGCAGAUGAGGACGAUGAGAAAGAGUGGGGCGAUGAUGAAGAAGAGCAGCCUUCCAAACGCAGAAGGGUCGAGAACAGCAUCCCUGCAGCUGGAGAAACACAAAACGUAGAAGUAGCAGCAGGGCUUGCUGGGAAAUGUGCCACUGUAGAUGUGGAACCCCCUUCGAAGCAGAAGGAGAAGGCAGCCUCCCUGAAGAGGGACAUGCCUAAGGUGCUGCACGACAGCAGCAAGGAUAGCAUCACCGUCUUUGUCAGCAACCUGCCCUACAGCAUGCAGGAGCCGGACGUGAAGCUCAGGCCACUCUUUGAGGCCUGUGGGGAGGUGGUCCAGAUCAGACCCAUCUUCAGCAAUCGCGGGGAUUUCCGAGGCUACUGCUACGUGGAGUUUAAAGAGGAGAAAUCAGCCCUUCAGGCACUGGAGAUGGACCGGAAAAGUGUAGAAGGGAGGCCAAUGUUUGUUUCCCCCUGUGUGGAUAAGAGCAAAAACCCUGAUUUUAAGGUGUUCAGGUACAGCACUUCCCUAGAGAAACACAAGCUGUUCAUCUCAGGCCUGCCUUUCUCCUGUACUAAAGAAGAACUAGAAGAAAUCUGUAAGGCUCAUGGCACCGUGAAGGACCUCAGGCUGGUCACCAACCGGGCUGGCAAACCAAAGGGCCUGGCCUAUGUGGAAUAUGAAAAUGAAUCCCAGGCGUCGCAGGCUGUGAUGAAGAUGGACGGCAUGACUAUCAAAGAGAACGUCAUCAAAGUGGCAAUCAGCAACCCUCCUCAGAGGAAGGUUCCAGAGAAGCCAGAGACCAGGAAGGCAGCAGGUGGCCCCAUGCUUUUGCCACAGACAUACGGAGCGAGGGGGAAGGGAAGGACGCAGCUGUCUCUACUGCCUCGUGCCCUGCAGCGCCCAAGUGCUGCAGCUCCUCAGGCCGAGAAUGGCCCUGCCGCGGCUCCUGCAGUUGCCGCCCCAGCGGCCACCGAGGCACCCAAGAUGUCCAAUGCCGAUUUUGCCAAGCUGUUUCUGAGAAAGUGAACGGGACUCUGGGAGACAGGAAAUGCCUUACUUCACUCUGGCCCGGCGGACCUCCCACCACCCAGCGGUGCACUGGGGAUGGACAGGCCUGGUGUGCUGCCCGCUCGCAACCACAGAUGGCUCCUCUGCUUUAGACAGAAAGGGGGAAGGGGUUCUAAGUCAAGAGCCUUUCAGUGCUCCCUCAUAUUGAGGGCAGUGGCAGAAAAGUGACCACUCUGCAGGCUCCCUGGGCCCAGGAUGUGGUGUCCUAAGAUACUUUUGUAUCUUAAAGACUGAGGCACAGAAGCGAAACGAGAACACGGUUUUUGAGACGCAGUUGUCCAAAUGUUUCUGGCCAGCUCCGGCCCCUUUUUGUAUGACACUUCUCUUCUACCCUGCACAGCACACGUGCCCGUCAUUCUUUUAAUUUUAAAAGAUGAAAUGGCAGAUGCUAGUAAUUCACCAGAAUGGCCUAUUAUGGGGGUGGGUCUGAGGGAAGUCAUCUAUAUAACAUUUGCUGGAUUUUUGUUCAAGGGGGCUGUGCAUUUUUAUAUUAUGUAUUUGUAAAUGACAUGUCAGCCAUUGUUUCAUGUUUCCUAAAAGCAGAAUAUUUGCAACAUUUGUUUUGUAUAGGAAUUAUUUGUGCCACCUGCUGUGGACUGUUUUCUUUGCCUAGUGACUAGUGACCUGUGUUGUCUAAACAUGAGUUCAGCCCUUUGGUUUUGUUUAAUACCAUGUCAAAUGCAAACUUCAAUUCUCCCCAUUUAGCUUUAUUAAACUGAAGUUCUCUUCAAAACUUCUUGCUGAAUGGUACUUAGAUGUGCAUUCACAUACAGAUGUGUUUUGAAGUGAGUGUACCUUGCUUUACCUAAUAGAUGUGUAAAUAGAACUUCUGUAAGUCAAAUCCCAUUGUCACUUUGAUUUAAAUUA